AGGAAAGGAAGAAGGGGGCGGAGGCCCCUCGAGGCUUUUGUGCCCGGCCGGCCGCCCGCGCAGCUCGCGCUCUCCGCGCCAGGCCCGGGGGAGAGAGGACGCUCCGGGGCCGCCGCCGGGCUCGCACGUGCACGCUCUCCGCCGGCCCGAGGGCACGAAACCCGCCACGGAGGAGGCACGCAGGCCCCGCCGCGGCACCUCGCCCCCCGCCUCCCGGCAGCCCGCCGCCGCCGCCGCCGCCGCCGCCGAGCCCGCCGCACCAACCCGGAGGAGAGCCCGGAGCGCGGAGGGGCGCGCGAGGUCUCUUCCUGAUGGCUGACUCCAAGCCACUCCGCUCCCUCGAUGGGGACACCAUGGCUGCAGAAGCUUUGCUCCGGGAUGUGUUUGGGAUUGUCCUGGAUGAGAUCAUCCGGAAAGGCACCAGUGCCUCAGAGAAGGUGUGUGAGUGGAAGGAGCCAGAGGAGCUGAGGCGGCUGCUGGACCUGGAACUUCGGAGCCAGGGGGAGUCCCAGGAGCAGAUCCUGGAGCGCUGCCGGGCGGUGAUCCGAUACAGUGUGAAAACCUGUCACCCCCACUUCUUCAACCAGCUCUUCUCAGGGUUGGACCCCCAUGCUUUGGCCGGUCGCAUUGUCACUGAGAGCCUCAACACCAGCCAGUACACGUAUGAGAUCGCCCCUGUGUUUGUGCUCAUGGAAGAAGAGGUGCUGAAGAAGCUCCGCGCCCUGGUGGGCUGGAGCUCUGGGGAUGGGGUCUUCUGCCCUGGUGGCUCCAUCUCUAACAUGUACGCUAUGAACCUGGCCCGCUAUCAGCGCUAUCCGGACUGCAAGAAGAGGGGCCUCCGGGCACUGCCACCCCUGGCCAUCUUCACAUCCAAGGAGUGCCAUUACUCCAUAAAGAAGAGUGCGGCUUUUCUGGGACUCGGCACCGACAGUGUCCGGCUGGUCAAGGCGGAUGAGAGGGGGAAAAUGAUACCCGAAGAUCUGGAGAGGCAGAUAAGUCUGGCUGAGGCUGAGGGUGCUGUUCCCUUCAUGGUCAGUGCCACCUCUGGCACGACUGUGCUGGGGGCUUUUGACCCACUGGAAGCCAUUGCAGAUGUGUGCCAGCGUCAUGGACUGUGGUUCCAUGUUGACGCCGCCUGGGGCGGGAGCGUCCUGCUAUCACAGACACACAGGCAUCUCCUUAACGGGAUCCAGAGGGCUGACUCGGUGGCCUGGAAUCCCCACAAGCUCCUCACAGCAGGCCUGCAGUGCUCAGCUCUUCUUCUCCAGGACACCUCGAACCUGCUCAAGCAGUGCCACGGCUCGCAGGCCAGCUACCUGUUCCAGCAGGACAAGUUCUAUGACGUGGCGCUGGACACGGGGGACAAGGUGGUGCAGUGUGGCCGGCGUGUGGACUGUCUGAAGCUGUGGCUCAUGUGGAAGGCACAGGGCGGGCAGGGGCUGGAGCAGCGUGUCGACCAGACCUUUGCCCUCGCCCGAUACCUGGUGGAGGAGAUAAAGAAGCGGGAAGGAUUUGAGUUGGUCAUGGAGCCCGAGUUUGUCAAUGUGUGUUUCUGGUUCGUGCCCCCCAGCCUGCGAGGGAAGCAGGAGAGUCCAGAUUACAGGGAAAGGCUGUCCAAGGCGGCCCCUGCACUCAAGGAGCGCAUGGUGAAGGAGGGCUCCAUGAUGAUCGGCUACCAGCCCCACGGGACCCGGGCCAACUUUUUCCGCAUGGUGGUAGCGAACCCGGCACUGACCCAGGCUGACAUGGACUUCCUCCUCAAUGAGUUGGAACGGCUUGGCCAGGACCUCUGAGCCUCUUCCUCCCGGCUGCGGGUCUUGACACCCCCUCUCUCUCACCAUCUUCAUGGGUUCCCUCCCCAUGUGCCCGAGAAUAACCUUUCCAGAAACGAAGGGGCCGUUAACAAUGUUAUAUGCUCUUGCCACUAACUCUCCUGUCAAAUAUUUGAUCAUAGGUGAAAGUUUGAAUACACUAUAGUAUAUCCAUAUGAUGGAAUAUUAUUCUGCCAUUAAAAUCAUGUUUACAAAGAGGACCUUUAUUGAUAGUAGGAAAAUAAUUAUAAUAUAAUGAAAUGUUGAAAAGGGUAGAUAUAAGAUUUUAUACUUAGUAAAUCUCUUUGCUGGGUAAAAACAACAACAUAGGAAUCACUUCCUGCUUCUGGGCCUUUUGGCUAAGGCCAAGAAUAAAGAUACAUAGGAAAAGACCAAGGACCUACAAUAUGCCAAAAUGAUAGUAGUCUUCCACAGGACGGGACUAUAGGUAAUUUAACACUAAUUUCUUAUGCCUUCUGUGCUCUUUUUUUUUUUUUAACUAUAUGAUGAUUAUGUAUUGCUUUUGUAAUGGGAAAAUAAUAAAGUUUAAAUUUCAACUAUA